AUGGACAAUACAACAGUUCUAACAUUCACAAUGACUGCAUACACUGUCAUGGAAAACUACAAACAUGGGCUGUUCACUAUGUUCCUCCUGCUCUACUCUAUUACUAUCAUUUUGAAUUCACUGCUCAUUACUGUCAUACACCAAAACAAAGCGUUGCAUCAACCUAUGAAUGUGUUCACAUGUAUGUUAUCCAUCAAUGAAAUAUAUGGCAGUACUUCGUUGUUACCUGCAAUUAUGGUUGUGCUCAUGUCCGAGACGCAUGAAGUAAUUGUGAAGUGGUGUAUGGCUCAAGUCUAUUUCCUACACACAUACGCAGCUGCUGAGUUUUUAAUUUUAGCUGUUAUGGGUUAUGACAGAUAUGCUGCCAUCUGUUUCCCACUACAUUACCACAGCAUCAUGUCUAAUUCCAAGGUAGCCAAGCUUGUUGCAUUAGCAGGUCUAUACCCACUCAUUGUGUUUGCAUGUUUUUACUCACUAACCUUGCAGCUGAGCUUUUGUGGAAAAGUCAUGCAAAAAUUAUACUGUGUGAACAUGGAGCUAGUCAAAAAUUCAUGUUCAAAUGAUAGCCAAUUGUACAUAAGUACGGUGGGACUUGUAAUUCUCCCGUUGUUUAUUGUGCCUCAGGUAGUGAUGAUUGCUUUCUCUUAUGUGAAAAUUUCACGAGUGUGUAUGAAUUUAUCAAGAGAGUCCCAGAGAAAUGCUCUUAAAACAUGUAUCCCACAUUUGUUGUCUUUGCUAAUCUACACCAUCGGUUUAUUAUUUGAAAUGAUCCAAACUAGAUUUGACAUGAUUCGUGUUUCUUUUGAGACACGAAUCUUCAUGUCCCUGUACUUUGUCAUCAUUCCAUCUAUUGCCAACCCGGUGCUGUAUGGACUCGGUACUCAAAUAGUAAGAGUUCAUAUACUGAAUCUGUUUGUUAGAUACAAGAUCCUGCCAACAAACUUAGCAAAGGCGGUUGUAGCUUAA